GGCCCAAUCCCAGCCUCGGGAUACACUUCAAAAUACAUUUCUAUGAUAUAUGAAUAGGAAGGUUGCAGAGGGAUAUGGGUUAAACGCAGGCAAAUGGGACUAGUUAGAGAAGAAAAAAUGAAAACGGAGGUAGAGGUCGGGGAUGGGGCCCUGAUUACCUCCCCCUCGACAAGAGGAACCAUUGCACCGCAGCGAAAACAACCCGGCUUUGUUCUCAUUUCCUGGUUGUACGAUAGACUCCUCCCUCCCUCUCUCUUUCCUUCUCCCUCCCUCUCUCGCCUUCUCUCUCACACACAUCGUCUUGUGCAAACAGUUGCCUCUCAUCCCUACCUCAUCGCCCUCUGCGGAUUUAUCUGGGGUAAAGUUUACCCCUCCCCUCUCUCGUUGCCCGUGCACUGGCCGCAGCCGGGGAAGGUCGGUAGGAUGGAGGAGGAGGAGGAGUACGACUCCACUUGGGUGGAGAGCGAAGAGGAGCCGGGACGCUCGCCAUCGCCCGCCGGCUCGCCGGAGCGGCCGCAGACGGAGGACCGAGAGAAGACAUGGCCUGAGCCAAAUAUGUGGAGGAGAUCUCUGGAUCACGACAAGCCUCGGCGACGGAGUAAGAGGGCAGCCAUGGAUCUCCAGCGAUAUCGGCACUACUACCCUGAUCUGAAGGAGAACGUGGAGCAGAGUGGCAACUCCAACUUUAUGUUCUAUAUGAACAAAAUAUGCUCACAACCCAACGGAUAUAAAAUAGUGGACAUGUUAACUAAAUGGAAGGGAAAAUAUGAACACUUGGAGAGGAACCACUCAUACAUCCAAUGGUUGUUUCCGCUACGGGAACCUGGAAUGAACUGGUGGGCCAAAGAACUGACAAUUCAAGAAAUCAAGUCAUUCAAACUAUCCAGUGUUGCAAAGGAGAGGCUGAUCGAAGCAUACAAGAUGAUGCUGGAUUUCUACGGCAUUCAGCUGGUGAAUGAAGAAACGGGAGAGGUGAAGCGCGCCCAUCAUUGGAAGCAGCGGUUUCACAAUCUCAAUCAACACAUGCACAACAAUCUCCGCAUCACAAGGAUACUGAAGUGCCUCGGAGAGUUGGGUUUCGAGCACUAUCAGACACCGCUGGUUAAGUUCUUUCUCGUAGAAACCUUGAUCAACAAGCAGUUACCUCAGGUUAAGGACAGCAUACUGGACUACUUUCUUUACACCAUCAGAAAUAAAUCGGAGAGAAGGAAGUUGAUACUUUUUGCUAAGGAACAUUAUCAGCCUCUCACCGAUUUUGUCUGGGGACCGCCCAGAGGAACAGAACACCGAUUCAGCCAUAUCUGCGAAGAGGUGAAGAAGGAGGUGGUGGAACAACAGAGUGAGGAAAGUUUGGAUGAAGACCUAUUGACUAAAAUUAGCGACGUGCCAUCGGAGGCAGGCAAAGACCAGGCUCUGAAAACGAGACAAAGAUGUUCACAUUCAAGUGAGGAGAGUACAAACGUCAUAAAGGACACUGAUCAAGGACCUGAAGAUCUUUCAGUGUGUGCGACUCUCGAUACUGAUUCGAGUAAUGACGAGAAGACUAGUUGUGAGGGGAAAUCUCCAAUUCCUGAAGAUCCUGAAAAACCAACUGAAUGCGAGGACGAACUUGUCGCCAAAGUCAGUGAGACCAUCUCACCACCAGAGAACUGUGAAGCCAGACCCAGAGAGAAACCCGAAGAUCAUUUGACAUUGCCUGCAACAGAAGUUGUGGUUGAAGCUAGCAGCGAACAAGGAGAGAAAUCCAAAGACAAUGCAUUGUCUUCAGGAGAACCCAACCUGUUGACCAUGGAAGAGAAUAAAUCAACGACAGAAGGCCACACCACAACAAACACAGCGGGACUGAUGGAGGGAGUAUCUGUGACAAAACUAGCCGUCACGGAAGAUGAUAAGACUGCAACGGAAGCGAGCAAAAUUGGGAAUGCGGCACCUGGAAUGAUGGAUGAGGGAAAUGAGCCAGAAUCAAACAUCAGGGAAGAUGGAAGUCUUGCAAAGGAAGAUACAACAAGGAAUACAGGAAUGACAGGCCAGAACACGUUAGCUGAGUCACUUGGGCAUGAAGAGCUCAAUAAACCUGUUGAUGAAAGUGAGACUCAGAGAUUUAAUAAAGAUGAAGACAAGUGUGGGGAGGCAAUGGAAAUUCAAGAAACAAGAAUUAUUGAAGAAGACCACAGUGAAGAAGAUGUAGAAAUGGAGCCAAGUGAUAAUUAAAUGACCAGGAAGCACAGAUAAUUAGACGGAGAAAAAAGAUUUAAAGUCCUAGGAAACAGGCAAAUAAUUUGUGGCUUUGUCAUGCUGUGAGGUUUUAGGAUACACCUUUGUGAAAGAGCAAAAGGUCUCUGUGCAUCAAGAAAACUGGGAAGAUCGUGCUAACACACGAUGACGCUUUAGGGGUUGGGGCGUGAAUUGGCCCGUUGUCCAUAAACCUUUGAAUGCAAGGGACUGAAUUUGGAAUUUAUUGCAUAUUAAUAAAGUUCCCGGUUUUCUUAAUAUAACUUUGAUUGCAGAGGAAGUUGAAUAAAAAAACAAUUUUAUACCAUGA